UGCCUAAGAGGCCACAGACUUAGAGGAGAAGAUCCAGAAGGAACUGAAGCGAAGGAGACUAGAGCUGGGAGUUGAGAGGUGGAGCCAAGGCCUGAAAACCAGAGCUGUGUGAUGAAAUAGGAAACUUCUACACAGCCUCUGCCCAGACCCGCCGCCUACUGGGGCCUUAAAGCGAAAGUGCUGAUUGCUGUUUCUGUGGAGACAAUUUGACCUUUGAACAGAAGGCUGGCGUGUUUUGAACGAUAUAAAUUAGCGUGUUUUGAGUGAAUAAUACAAGUUAGAGGGCAACAGGCAAGUGUUCCGUGCUUGCAGUCGGCUCAACACUCAUUCUGCUCCCGAUUGCUUCCUGCAGGGGAAUUCAGGAGCUAAAUUUUGGGAAGACCUCACUCUUUUCUUCCCCCUGAGGAAGUGGUAACUGUUUCUACGAGAAUAAUUAGAACAACGCUGACCAGGUUGGGUUGCCGUUUUUCCUUCGGUUUUCACGACUUCAGUGCCAAACUCACAGCCCACAAAAUGCUCUACUUUUCAUGCUCCAGGUUUUCUCUUAUCAAUGCCUCUGAUUCUAGUUCAUAUUUUCCCAGGUCCCUAUUUUAUUUUUAUUUUACUCUGUAUUUGUUUGUCUGUAAACAGGUUCAAAUCCUUUGAGAAAUGAGGAUUUGAAAAAAGGAAGGAAGGAGAGAAAGGGAGAAAGAAAGGAGGAAAGAAGAAAAGGAAGGUAGGAAGAUAAGAAAGGAACACCCCAAAUUUUCCUCAUAAUUGAGCAGAGUAAGAAAUGGCUGAUCAAAUAUACAUUAUAGUUUCUUUACUACAAACAUAGAGACAAGAUCAUAAAAUUUUAUUUUCCCUUAAAAGGAACCAAUAAUAGGAACUGUGAAAGAGCGGAAGGUCAGAUUUACAAGGGCAGGGAGAGCUUAGAGACAGAAAGUAAACACACCACAGUAUAUUUUGUGUUUAUGUGCCUGUAGCCCAGGUAGGCAGGGGGCAGAAAAUCAGCACUGGUCGUCCUCUAAGCCCUUCCUCAUGCACCUUUGGGUUCCAACAAACACCCUGUGAAAUUGGUCCCACGGGUAUUAUCUCCACUGAGGAAUUAAAGCUCAACUGUCUUAAAACCACACAACUAAGAUUUAACACACUGUUAUAUAAUGGAUAAGACAGGAGACUGUGGUGCCGGACCCAGCUUGAAUUUCCAGUUCUACUAUUAAUUAUUUAUGAGACUUUGACGUGUCACUUAACCUGUUUCCUCCUAUUUAAACGAGAAUAAGGGGCACUCUCUGCCCAGUUUCCUCGCCCUCCUCGAAAUGUUCAGCAGACCUUGUACCGUCUCCAGAAAUCUAACUUGGCUGGACCUCACACAAGCCUGGUCUGGACUUUUCCCUUGGAAUUUUCUCCAAUGCAAAGCCUCCUCUUCUGCUGCAGGGCAGUCGCCAAUGUUCCAGCUGACAGCCACCCCAGCCAGUGCCCUUUCUGACCAGCCCGUGCACAUCCGAGCGACAGGCCUGCCUCCGUUGCAGCUGGUGACCCUCGCGGCAUCUCUGAAGGAUGAGAAGGGACACCUGUACCGGUCCAAAGCCUUCUACAGGGCUGACGAGGCCGGUGAGCUGGACCUGAAGCAGGCUCCUGCAGUUGGAGGCGACUAUGUGGGGGUCCAUCCCAUGGGCCUCUUCUGGUCUAUGAAGCCUGACAGGCCUUUUGGGAGGCUGCUUAAGAGGGAUGUGAACAGCCCCUUUUUGGUCACUCUGGACUUAUACGACUCAGUUUGCUCCCACGAUUCAGCCACGGCUCAGCCCCGGGCCAGCCAGGUGGUGCAGCGCUGGUUCCGCAGCCCCGAGACGCAGCGGGUGCCCAUCCGAGAAGGCCGCGUGCGGGGAGCCCUUUUUCUCCCUCCAGGGGACGGCCCUUUCCCAGGAAUCGUGGAUUUGUUUGGGGGUAUAGGGGGCCUAAUUGAAUUCCGAGCCAGUCUGCUGGCUGCCCACGGCUUUGCAGUCCUGGCAUUAGCAUACUUUGCCUAUGAAGACCUGCCCAAGCUACUGCAGGAGGUGGACCUGGAAUAUUUUGAGGAAGCUGCCAACUUGCUACUAGCUCAUCCCAAGAUCCGAGGGCCAGGCAUCGGAGUGCUUUCCGUGAGCAAAGGUGCAGAGAUCGGGCUGGCCAUGGCCUGCUUCCUGAAGCAGGUGGUCGCCACCGUCUGCAUCAAUGGGCCUACUGCCCUCUAUGACUUUCCGUUCAGGUACAGGAGUCUGGUUAUGUCACCCAUUCCCUCGUUUCUGGAGCGUAUGCAGGUGCACGUCUCAGGGGCUGUGAGCCUCCUCCACUAUAGGGGGGACCCCCGGGAGAAGCUGAAUCAGCGGAGCGUGUUUCCUAUUGAAAAGGCCCAGGGUCAGAUCCUCUUCAUUAUAGGAGAGGAUGACCAAUCGGUCAAUAGCAAAGAAUAUGCUAAGCAGGCCCUGGAGCAGCUGAAGAGCCAUGGGAGAAGCAAUGGAAGGAUGCUGCUCUACCCAGGGGCAGGCCACCUUCUAGAGCCGCCCUAUGCACCCCUGUGCUACGCAUCCCGUAUUUACCCCAUUUCUGCUCCCCUUAAUAACCCCAUUGCCGUUUCCUAUAAUUAUUCCAUUUCUCAACCCCUGCUCUGGGGAGGGGACCCUCCUGCGCAUGCUGCAGCCCAGGAGCACGCCUGGGGAGAGAUCCAGAAAUUCUUCAGGCAACACCUCACUCCAACCAGAAGCCAGCUCUGAGCAAGCGCUGAGGCUGAGAUGGAGGAGGAUAAGGCAGGGAUGUGGUGAGGAGAGGAGCCCUUCUGAUUUCUCUAUAUUCACAAACAUCUUGAAUGAACUGCAAGAAAACUGGACGAAAUCAAAGGACCAGGGCAUGGGUGCCUCUGAAGUAUUUGACAAAUUUGUAUGUACUUUGAAUUUUUGUAAAUUGAAUAUUAGUGUAUAUGCACCAGGAAAUGUUGCUAUUUCAAUGCAAACGGAAUCUUUUGUACCCCUGUUAGGGAUGUCUUGGGUAUUGCCACCACCUGAACUCUCCUAUCAAAGUUGGCAUCUCUAAAAAUGGUCAAUUUGAUGUUAUGUGUUUCAUGAUGAGAUGUAAGGUAGAGUGCCCAGAACUACCUCUAACAACACUGUUGAAUUUGAACUUAAUCAAGCCUUUAGAUCAAAUGUCUUAUUAAUGUGGUGGCUAGAGAACAAAUUAAAUGGCACUUACAAAAAGACAGUCAAACAAAUCCAGAUUGUGGGUCAUUCCAUGACGUAGUGUCUUUACAAGUUGAUUACCAACUGACCUGGUUUCUUCACAACUUAGUUGCAUGAAAAAUUUGCAGGGAUCAGAGUGUCAUCUGAACUCUUCCUAUAGAAUUUGAUGUUAACAAUUAUUUUCCCUCAGUGCUCUGGUCUUUUUAUUUUGGCAAGUGUAAUGCUUGCUAUAGAUUUCCAGUUGAUACUUUAAUUUUUUUUUUAGAAUAGGAUGCUUCUUUUUAUUCCUAAAAUAUAUUUCUUAUUACAAUUUCAAUUAGGAAUGGGAUUGAAUUUAAUCAAGUGACUUUGUUAUUUAUUUACAUGCUAUCUCCUUUUCCUCUUAGUUUGACUCACCAAAUACUUGUCUAUUUUAGUGAUCUUUUCUAAGAAUAGCUUUUGGUUUGGUUAUCAGUCAAAUCUGACUCAUCAAUUUCUGUUUCUUUAAAAUAAAUGCAUCCCCAAUGAGAA